AGUGGGGAGCGGGAGCUGGGCGGGCGGACACGGCCGGGUGGGCGCGCUGGUUCCCCGCCGGGCCCGUCUUCGCGAGUCGCCGAGCUGGCCCCUUCCCUGGACGUCCGGCUCCUCCCGAGCUGCCGGCUCUCCGCGAUUGAGCUGCCGCUCGGCUCUUGUACCUGUUCCUGGAGCGCAGAGCACCUGUCACGGGCCGCAGGUUUGAAGCUUCCGAGGACCCCAGCGUCGAGUGCUCUGACUGGGUUAGGGGAGAAUGGCGGGCCGGGGUCGCGGGGUGGCGUCGCCGUGAUUGCCGGCUUGCGCUCCUGUGCCUCGUGGGUGCCUCGCGCUGGCUGCCCCCAAGGCCCCGCACCCUCCCCGCUCAGACGCCCAAACAGACGGCGAGUGAUACAGUGAGUGACGCCACGAAGGGCUGCAUUUUCCAACCACGCCGGGCUUCGCGAACCUUCCAGGGAAGCUGGGUGAGGGCAGGAAGCCAACUCUAAAGGUCCGUUCCAGGCCUGAGCCUUGAGGGAGAUGAGGACGUGUUAUGACUGUUUGUUCCUUUGCCCAAAGAAGGAGCACCCAGAAGCAGCCUUGUGCCUUGUGCCUUGCUCUCCGUGAGUCUGAGCAAAUUCUCUCUCCAGCAGGAGAGGACGUCAGAGCGCUCUCCCCAGAGGUUCCUAAUCGCCGCUUCUCCUUCAAGAACGCCGGGUGCUCUUUGCUAACAUCCAGCCCGGAGGUCUCGUCACGCCCCGGCCUGACAAAGUUCCCCACUGCGGGUUCUCCCCAGUCUGCAGGCCCAGUCUGUCCCUUCCUGGCAACCAGGGGGGCCCCCUGGACGUGCCCUGCAGGGGAGGGAAACCCUGUGUAGACAAGCCCUGUGCCCGGGGCGCCUCACACCUAGCGCUGCAGGGGCUCGAACCCGCUGUCGGCUGAGCAGCCGCAUGGCCUGGCUGCUGGCUCCACAUCCUUGCUGCUGAAUCAAGAAUAGGAAUGACCAUACCCGCUGGUGGUGUCGGGGUUCCUGGAGGAGAACGGGACUGGCGUGUGGAGCUGAAUAGAGCAGGAUGUUUAGGAGGUAGCAGAGCGUUCCCUCCCGUUGACAGGCCUCGCCAAGCCCAUGGGUCUGGUGGAGGGGCCGGGGGGCCUGGGCCAGGGGGGCGUGGCCGCUGCCCUCCGCGACGACAGCCAGGAGGCCGAAGGCAGAUAUGAGGAGUACGGCUACAACGCCCAGCUCAGCGACCGCAUCUCGCUGGACAGGGCCAUCCCCGACUACCGGCCCAAAAAGUGUGCGCAGAUGACCUACCCCGCGGACCUGCCCCAGAUCUCGGUGGUCUUCAUCUUCGCCAACGAGGCCCUGUCGGUCAUCCUGCGCUCCGUGCACAGCGCCAUCAACCACACCCCGUCCCGGCUCCUCAAGGAGGUCGUCCUGGUGGACGACAACAGCGACAACGCAGAGCUCAAGUUCAGCCUGGAGCAGUACGUCCGCAGGCGGUACCCCGGGCUCGUGAAGAUCGUCCGCAACAGCAGGCGCGAGGGCCUGACCCGCGCGCGGCUGCAGGGCUGGAAGGCGGCCACGGCCCCUGUUGUCGGCUUCUUCGACGCCCACGUGGAGUUCAGCACGGGCUGGGCGGAGCCGGCCCUGGCGCGGAUCCGGGAGGACAGGAGGCGCGUGGUGCUGCCGGCCAUCGACAACAUCAGGUACAGCACGUUCGAGGUGCAGCAGUAUGCCAACGCGGCGCACGGCUACAACUGGGGCCUGUGGUGCAUGUACAUCGUCCCGCCCCAGGACUGGCUGGACCGCGGCGACGAGUCGGCGCCCAUCAGGACCCCCGCCAUGAUCGGCUGCUCCUUUCUGGUGGACCGGGAAUACUUUGGGGACAUCGGUCUGCUGGACCCUGGCAUGGAGGUGUACGGCGGGGAGAACAUCGAGCUGGGCAUGCGGGUGUGGCAGUGCGGGGGCAGCAUGGAGGUGCUGCCCUGCUCCCGCGUGGCACACAUCGAGCGCACCCGGAAGCCCUACAACAGCGACAUCGACUACUACGCCAAGCGCAACGCGCUGCGGGCGGCCGAGGUGUGGAUGGACGACUUCAAGUCCCACGUGUACAUGGCCUGGAACAUCCCCAUGACGAACCCGGGGGUGGACUUCGGGGACGUGACCGAGCGGCUGGCCCUGCGCCAGAGGCUGAACUGCCGCAGCUUCGCCUGGUACCUGGGCACCGUGUACCCCGAGAUGCGGGUCUACAACGACACCCUAGCGUACGGAGAGGUGAGGAACAGCAAGGCCAGCGGCUACUGCCUGGACCAGGGCGCGGAGGAUGGUGACCGGGCGAUCCUCUACCCCUGCCAUGGGAUGUCCUCACAGCUGGUGCGGCACAGCAGCGGGGGUCUCCUGCAGCUGGGGCCCCUCGGCUCCACGGCCUUCCUGCCCGACUCCCGGUGUCUGGUGGAUGACGGCCGAGGCCGCACCCCCACCCUGAGGAAGUGUGAGGAGGUGACCAGGCCUGCCCAGCGGCUGUGGGACUUCACCCAGGGCGGCCCCAUCGUGAGCCGAGAGACCGGCCGGUGCCUGGAGGUGGAGGUGUCCAAAGACGCCAACUUCGGGCUGCGCCUGGUGGUGCAGAAGUGCUCAGGCCAGAAGUGGACGAUCAGGAACUGGAUCCGGCCCGGACGGCACUGACCCGCCGCAGAGGCGCAGGCUGAGCCACGGGGGCUGGGGGCCAGGAGGGCCCUGCCCACCCUCCCCUGGACCCGGAAGAGCCCAGGCUGUGCCCUGAGCUGCCUCGAGGGGCCUCGCGCCUGGAUCACCCCCUGUGCCGUGGGGGCCCCUCCUCGGGGGCAGCUUCCACCUGGACGCUCCGGCGGUGGGGACUCUGGCUCAGAACCAUGUGCCUUUUCUGCGGCGUCGCCCGUGCCAGCUGACCGGGACUGCCACCUCUUGUGCAUGUAGUAACCCUGUACGUGUCCCCCACGCAGAAAGAGUCCAUCCCGUGCUCUGCUGGGGAGAAGCCCGCUGCCCCGGAGCCAAUGCGUCCUCCUCGAGCAGAACCAUCCUUGGGGUGGUCUCGCAGCGAGCAAGACUGUUCCCGAGCCCCCCUAGUGGCCUGGUGUGAGGGGAGAUGGGGAGAAAGGGACCAGGGCUCCAGUCAGGAGAGUGGCUCCGGCAGCUCGGCCCGUCGCUCUCCCCUGGGGUCCCAGCCAGAGGCCGUCCCGGGGCCCAGGCCCCUCUGCUUGCUGCCCUCCAGCUCCCAGCUGGAGUCAGCACACCCGGCCCUGGCCGAGCGUGCUCUUGUAAAUAAAGUUUUAUU